CGCUCAACAGCCUCUGCUCUACCGGAAAUAGAAACGGAGAAGAAGACUCAUCCACGCUCAGGCAAGGGUAGUUGUGAAACAAGCAAGAAGCUAGCUGAUGCUGCACUAAAUCCUUCCCCUCUGCAUGUGUUGUGUCCGGUUGUGUCGUGUCUCAGUAUCAGUUGUCGUCCUCUGAGUUGUUGCUGUCAAUCAAAAAGAAGAAUUCAAACCAACCCGGUGUGCAGACAUGAGCUCGGUCAGAGAUGAAGGUAAGGACCGAAUUAUCUUUGUCACCAAAGAAGAUCAUGCGACACCCAGCAGUGCUGAGCUGGUAGAGGAAGACCCUGAUGACCCUUAUGAGGAGCGAGGGCUGAUUCUUCCCAGUGGGGAGAUCAACUGGAACUGCCCCUGUCUGGGUGGGAUGGCCAGCGGACCCUGUGGGACUGAAUUUAAAGACGCCUUCUCCUGUUUCCACUACAGUAAGGAGGAGGUGAAGGGAUCUGAGUGCCUGGAGCACUUCAGGGCCAUGCAGGAGUGUAUACAGCGUUACCCCGAGCUCUAUCCACAAGAAGAUGACAAGGUGCAAAAAGAACAAUCAUCAGAAACAGAGCCGACCUCACAAGACUCUGCAUCUGCAGAAACCCCAGGUGCCGACUCAACAUCUACAGAGACCCCAGGUGCCGACUCAACAUCUACAGAGACCCCAGGUGCCGACUCAACAUCUGCAGAGACCCCAGGUGCCGACUCAACAUCUGCAGAGACCCCAGGUGCCGACUCAACAUCUGCAGAAACCCCAGGUGCCGACUCAACAUCUACAGAGACCCCAGGUGCCGACUCAACAUCUGCAGAGACCCCAGGUGCCGACUCAACAUCUGCAGAAACCCCAGGUGCCGACUCAACAUCUGCCACCGAGCCGGACUCUGAUAGUAUGCCACCCAACACAGAGGGCUCAGGGGAAAGCUAGUGAUGAGCCCUGGUUACAAUGUAAAGCCAAGACUUAAGAAUCGGACUGAAAUCACAUUAAGUCAUUGCUUGUUACAUUCAUAAAUAACAUCAUAGUGUUUUUUUAACAUUUACUGUUGAAAUUCUUUUUUAAAUGAAGCAAAAACCUUUUGAGGGUGUAUCCAAAAUGCUCAUUAUUAUUAUUUCUUUAA